AUGGACGACAGUUUAUUCAUCCGAGUCUUACUACAACCGGUGACUCUCAACAAGACUAGGAUCGUGCGGGUCACGUUCAUUGGGCUUUACCUCGGGGACUCUGAUGGGCUCCUCUCGAUCCUCGGGGCACAAUUUCCUGAACUGGGCCUCACAAGGACCGACGCGAUCCAGAUGCGCUGGAUCGACUCGGUUCUCUUCUGGGCCAACUAUGACAACACGACCUCUCCGGACGUGUUGUUGGGCCGAAGGCCUGACUCGGUCAACUUCCUUAAACGAAAAUUUGACUACGUAAAAAGCCCGAUACCUCUAACGGGCAUACACGACCUAUUCGACAAAAUCGUGGAGAUUGGGAAAGUCGGGCUCGUGUUCAACUCGUACGGAGGGGUCAAGAAUCAGAUUCCCGGGACGGCUACGCCAUUCCCCCAUCGGGUCGGGAAUCUAUUCAAGAUUCAAUAUUCGGUCAACUGGGAAGACGAAGACGAGGAGGUUGACCGAAAGUACGUCGGUCAAAUUAUGGAGCUUUAUAGUUAUAUGACUCCGUAUGUUUCGAAGAAUCCUAGAGAGGCGUAUUUGAACUAUCGGGAUUUGGACAUUGGCACGAUCGACGAUCCUAUGAAGAGCUACGAGCAAGGAAGGGUGUACGGACUCAAAUACUUCAAGAAUAAUUUCGAUAGGCUGGUGCGGGUCAAAACACGUGUCAACCCGGAUAACGUGUUCAGGAACGAAAAAAGCAUUCCUGUCUUAGAGAAAUUCCUUGAUGAGAAAAGGAUGGGAGAUUUAAAUUCAUAA